AUGCGCGGGGCCCAGGCGCGCUCCGCCCCCAACACCUCGCCUCCAUUUCCCAGAGUGCGGCGCGGGAGCGGGCCAGGAAGUCUCGUGCGCCUGAGUCAGGGGAGGAGGGGGAGCUGCUGCCGGGCGCUGGCGAUGGAGACCCUCUCUCCGGACUGGGAGUUCGACCGCCUCGACGACGGCUCGCAGAAAAUUCAUGCUGAAGUGCAAUUGAAGAAUUAUGGAAAAUUUCUUGAGGAGUAUACAUCUCAGCUCAAGAGAAUUGAAGAUGCCUUGGAUGACUCUGUUGGAGAUGUUUGGGACUUCAGUCUUGAUCCCAUUGCCUUAAAGCUUUUGCCAUAUGAACAGUCUUCCCUACUGGAGCUCAUAAAGACAGAAAACAAAGUUCUAAACAAAGUGAUAACUGUUUAUGCUGCUCUUUGCUGUGAAAUAAAGAAGUUAAAAUAUGAGGCAGAAACGAAAUUUUAUAAUGGCCUCUUGUUUUAUGGAGAGGGAGCCACAGAUUCCAGCAUGGUAGAAGGAGAUUGCCAAAUACAGAUGGGAAGAUUUGUUUCUUUCUUGCAGGAGCUGUCUUGCUUUGUUACCCGAUGUUACGAAGUGGUGGUGAAUGUAGUGCAUCAGUUGGCUGUUCUCUAUACCAGCAACAAGACCGCACCUAAAAUUAUAGAGACAUCUGGAGUUCAUUUUCAGGCAAUGUAUGAACAUUUGGGAGAGUUGCUUAUGGUCUUAAUCACUCUGGAUGAAAUAAUUGACAAUCAUGCCACUCUGAAAGAUCACUGGACCAUGUAUAAGAGGCUGCUCAAAUCUGUCCACCACAACCCUUCUAAGUUUGGGAUUCAAGAAGAUAAACUGAAGCCUUUUGAAAAGCUACUGUUAAAACUGGAAUGCCAGCUCCUUGAUGGGAUGAUAUUUCAGGGCUGUAUAGAGCAACAAUUUGAUUCUGUAAAUGGUGGAGUUUCAGUGUCGAAGAACAGCACAUUUGCUGAGGAAUUUGCUCAUACUCUUCGCACAGCUUUUGCAAAUGUUGAAGCCAAACUUGGUGAACCUUCAGAAAUUGACCAGAGAGAUAAGUACGUGGGCAUCUGUGGCCUCUUUGUACUGCAUUUUCAGAUUUUUCGGAGUAUAGACAAGAAAUUUUACAAGUCAUUGUUGGAUGUCUGUAAAAAGGUACCUGCCAUCACAUUAACUGCUAACAUUGUAUGGUUUGCUGACAACUUUCUGAUACAGAAGAUACCAGCUGCUGCCAAACUUCUGGACAAGAAAAGUAUUCAUACAGUUAAAACACAAAGGGAGAACUUCCUACAGCAGAAGGCACAGUCGCUUACCAAAGACAUGCAGUCGUAUUAUGUUUUUGUGAGCUCGUGGAUGACAAAAAUGGAAUCUAUCUUGUCAAAGGAGCAGCGCAUGGAUAAGUUUGCUGAAGAUCUUUCUAACCGCUGCAAUGUCUUCAUCCAGGGCUUUCUUUAUGCAUACAGUCUUAGCACCAUCAUUAAAACUACAAUGAAUCUCUACAUGUCAAUGCAAAAACCUAUGACCAAAACCUCAGUGAAAGCUCUGUGCAGGCUUGUGGAACUUCUAAAGGCAAUAGAACACAUGUUUUAUCGAAGAAGUAUGGUUGUGGCAGAUUCUGUGACACACAUCUCUCAGCAUCUGCAGUAUCAGGCUCUUCAUUCUAUUUCUGUAGCCAAGAAAAGAGUAAUUUCUGAUAAAAAGUACAGUGAGCAACGCCUGGAUGUCCUCUCUGCUUUGGUGCUGGCUGAGAACACCCUCAAUGGGCCGAGUACAAAACAGCGGCGACUGAUUGUUUCCCUAGCACUAAGUGUGGGAACACAGAUGAAAACUUUUAAAGAUGAAGAACUCAUUCCCCUUCAGUUAGUUCUGAAGAAACUAGACCUGAUCAGUGAACUUACAGAGCGAGUUCGAGUACAAUGUGACUGUUGCUUCUUAUACUGGCAUCGAGCGAUCUUUCCAAUCUAUUUAGAUGAUGUGUAUGAAAAUGCAGUUGAUGCUGCUAGACUGCAUUAUAUGUUUAGUGCACUACGGGACUGCGUACCUGCUAUGAUGCAUGCAAGACACCUUGAAUCUUAUGAGGUGCUUCUGGAAUGCUAUGACAAAGAAAUCAUGGAAGUGCUUAAUGAGCACUUGCUGGACAAAUUAUGUAAAGAGAUAGAAAAAGACCUGCGCUUAUCAGUUCAUACACACUUAAAGCUCGAUGACAGAAACCCCUUCAGAGUUGGCCUGAAGGACCUAGCUCAAUUCUUCUUCCUGAACCCAAUACGUUUUUUCAAUCGAUUCAUUGACAUAAAAGCCUACGUAACACACUAUUUGGACAAGACUUUUUACAACUUAACGACUGUAGCUCUUCAUGACUGGGCCACCUACAGUGAAAUGAGAAACCUAGCAACUCAGCGGUAUGGUUUGAGUAUGACUGAAGCACAUCUUCCCAGCCAGACUCUGGAACAGGGUCUGGAUGUUUUGGAAAUCAUGAGAAAUAUUCAUGUUUUUGUAUCCCGCUACCUCUACAAUCUGAAUAAUCAGAUCUUCAUUGAAAGAACAAGUAAUAACAAACACCUGAACACCAUCAAUAUCCGACAUAUUGCUAAUUCAAUUCGGACUCAUGGAACAGGAAUCAUGAACACAACAGUGAACUUCACAUACCAGUUUUUGAGGAAAAAAUUUUAUAUUUUCAGCCAGUUUAUGUAUGAUGAACAUAUCAAAUCCAGGCUUAUCAAAGACAUCAGAUUCUUCAGGGAAGUCAAGGAUCAGAAUGAUCACAAGUAUCCUUUUGAAAGAGCAGAGAAAUUCAACCGUGGCAUCAGAAAACUUGGAAUAACCCCGGAUGGCCAGAGCUAUCUUGACCAGUUCAGACAACUCAUAAGCCAGAUUGGCAACGCUAUGGGAUAUGUACAAAUGAUAAGAUCUGGUGGACUUCACUGCUGUAGUAGUGCAAUUAGGUUUGUUCCUGAUCUGGAAGACAUUGUUAACUUCGAAGAGCUGGUGAAAGAGGAAGGACUUUCAGAAGAAACACAAAAAGCAGCAAGGCAGUUGGACUCUGUUCUCAGUGACCUCACACGCAACUUUGCAGAAGGAACGGAGUACUUCAAAAUGCUGGUGGAUGUGUUUGCUCCCGAGUUCCGCAGCCCAAAGAACAUGCACUUGCGGAACUUCUACAUAAUUGUUCCCCCACUGACCCUCAAUUUUGUGGAGCAUUCAAUCAGUUGCAAAGAGAAAUUGAAUAAGAAGAACAAAAGUGGAGCAGCUUUCACUGAUGAUGGGUUUGCCAUGGGUGUGGCCUACAUUCUGAAGCUUUUGGAUCAGUACCAGGAAUUUGAUUCUCUUCACUGGUUCCAGUCUGUUAGAGAAAAGUACGUGAAGGAAAUAAGAGCAGUAGCUAAGCAACAGAAUGUGCAGUCCACUAAUCAAGAUGAAAAACUACUGCAAACUAUGAACCUUACCCACAAGCGACUGGAAGUUUGUUUACAGGAAUUUGAACUCCUUUAUUUCUCACUAAGUAGCGCAAGAAUUUUUUUCAGAGCAGAUAAAACUGCAGCAGAAGAAAGCCAGGAAAAGAAAGAAGAAGAAUCUGUUAAAGCAAGCAAUGGAGACCUUUCUACUUCUGCACCUGCUGAUCCUGUUGUGAAAUGAUGUGGUUGGUCUGAUUUGCAUCCACAGACGUAAGGAAAUCCAGAGCCAAGACAGAACCACAAUCAGCUCUUCCUUUUAUGACCAGACACUGUGUGUGAUGGGUGUCUGUAACUAUCAAGUGAUCUUACAGUUCAUGGAUACAUUGUGCCUAAUGGCAAGUUGCAGCCUCAAUUCUGCAUUUCCUAGCCUUUGUAGGUCUGUUGUACUGUCUGUGUUGUUCAUAGUCUUACAUGCCUGGUUAUUAACAAUAAUUGCACUGCAGGCUUCAGAAACUGCUGAACACUGUGAGAACUCUGUAUAAAUGUAACAUCUGUUAAUGCCUGCAAGUAGAGGUUCUAGGUUGUGCAAGAGUUACUCAGAUCCCUAACUUAAGUAGCUAGACCUAGCUUAAAAGUAAACACCACUUUCAUUAAAAGAUACAGUUGUGUUUUAAUCUCCCAGAAUAUAACACACUUCUAACUCUUACUAAUAACAAUAAACUACUCCGGUCCAGCUGAGAAUUACCUUUGGGUUUUUUCUGGCACUCCUAACUGUAUUUUUAGACCAUACUUGCUAGCUUCUUUCAUCUCCUCUAAUUACAAAAGGGCAAUUCCACCCACCCUUGGGUCCCUGGUUAAGACAGUUCCUGAUGUACUCCUGAUUUGCACUUUCUUGCCAGUCACUUCAGAAAGCUGGGACAUGUUUUGUUGCAACUGGAAAAGCCAGCCUGAUAUGGAAGUCCUUUUGUUGUUUCUGAGAACAUGGCACAGAAGCUUCAUGGGCUGUUUAAAUCAGCUGGGCUCACUAAAGCUUUUAAUUCAUUGUAACUGCAGAGAGUGCCCUAAAGAAUGCUGCAUUAUUUGAUUUGUAUUUUUGCUUUUUCUUUUUUGUUUUGUAAUUUGUGUACACUUUUUGACCAAAUUGUGCCCCCACUGAACCCUCUCAGCAGUAGUGCUGGGAUCAGCAUUCUAGCUGCUGCUGCUGCUCAUUUCCAUGCUGUUGCAAUUGCAGUGCACCUAUUUCCAUCUUCCUAUCUCACCUGAAUUCACUUCAGCACUUGGCCACCCCAAGCCAAGAACUUCAUCUCCUUCUUCCCCAGCAUGUACAGAUGGUGUUUGCUUCCCCUGGGAUGGAGGUGCUUGAGUAGCUGGUGUGCAGUCAGGGCAUUACCUGUGCUCUAACAAAAUCUGCACUUGUGUUUUCUUCAUCUCUAUUUUUGGAAGGACACUGGGAUGGGCAAUGCGUUGCAGCUGAACAUAAAUUGAAUUGUGCAUUUUCCUAUAUGUGUGGUGGGUAACAAAUUCAUGUGGUUCUGGUAAUGGAAGUUCCACAGGAAAGACAUUAAGCCAGUUUUUAUAGAACCCUGUUUAAUCUGGGAGACCUGAAUGAAUAGAAUAAACCAGGUUGGAAGAGACCUUCAAGAUCAUCACGUCCAACCUAUUAUCCAACCCACCUAAUCAACUAAACCAUGCAACCAAGCACCCUAUCAAGUCUCCUCCUGAACACCUCCAAUGAUGGUGACUCCACCACCUCCCCUGGCAGCCCAUUCCAAUGGGCAAUCACUCUCUCUGUGUAAAACUUCCUCCUCACCUCCAGCCUAAA